GCCAGAGCAGCCGCCGCGUUCUGCCUGCUCCGAGGGGGCUGAGAGCUCAGGGGGACCCUUUGCAGUCCCCGGGCGUGGCCCCAGGGACGGGGACCCUCGAAGAUGACGUGGAUCUGUCUGUCCUGCAUGCUCUGGCCAGAGGACCUGGAGGCCCCCAAGACUCACCACUUCAAGGUGAAGACCUUCAAGAAGGUGAAGCCCUGUGGGAUCUGCCGACAGGUCAUCACCCGGGAGGGUUGCACCUGCAAAGUCUGCAGCUUCUCCUGUCAUCGGAAAUGCCAGGCCAAGGUGGCUGCCCCCUGCGUUCCGCCAUCCAGCCAUGAACUGGUGCCCGUCAACACUGAAACUGCUCCAAAGAAUGUAGUGGACACGGGAGAAGGAGCCUUCCGGGGUGGAAACACACGGAAAAGCCUUGAGGAAGAUAGCUCCACCAGAGUCACGCCAAGUGUCCAGCCCCAUCCCCAGCCCAUCAGAAACAUGAGUGGGAGCCGGACCACAGAGGACAGCUGUGAGCUGGACCUGGUGUAUGUCACUGAGAGGAUCAUCGCCGUCUCCUUCCCCAGCACAGCCAAUGAGGAGAACUUCCGGAGCAACCUCCGUGAGGUGGCCCAGAUGCUCAAGUGCAAACAUGGAGGCAACUACCUGCUUUUCAACCUCUCUGAGCGGAGACCUGACAUCACGAAGCUCCACGCCAAGGUACUGGAAUUUGGCUGGCCCGACCUCCACACCCCAGCCCUGGAGAAGAUCUGCAGUGUCUGCAAGGCCAUGGACACUUGGCUCAACGCAGAUCCCCACAACGUUGUCGUUCUACACAACAAGGGAAACCGAGGCAGGAUAGGUGUUGUGAUCGCGGCUUACAUGCACUACAGCAACAUUUCUGCCAGUGCCAACCAGGCCCUGGACCGGUUUGCAAUGAAGCGGUUCUACGAGGAUAAGAUUGUACCCAUUGGCCAGCCAUCCCAGAGAAGGUACGUGCAUUAUUUCAGCGGCCUGCUCUCUGGCUCCAUCAAAAUGAACAACAAGCCCUUGUUUCUGCACCACGUGAUCAUGCAUGGCAUCCCCAACUUUGAGUCUAAAGGAGGGUGUCGGCCAUUUCUCCGGAUCUACCAGGCCAUGCAACCUGUUUACACAUCUGGUAUCUACAACGUCCAAGGAGACAGCCAGACCAGCAUCUGCAUCACCAUCGAGCCUGGGCUGCUCUUGAAGGGAGACAUCUUGCUGAAGUGCUACCACAAGAAGUUCCGUAGCCCAGCCCGAGACGUUAUCUUCCGCGUGCAGUUCCAUACCUGCGCCAUCCAUGACCUGGGGGUUGUCUUUGGGAAGGAGGACCUUGACGAUGCCUUCAAAGAUGAUCGAUUUCCAGAAUAUGGCAAAGUUGAAUUUGUGUUUUCUUAUGGACCAGAGAAAAUUCAAGGCAUGGAACACCUGGAGAACGGGCCAAGCGUGUCUGUGGACUAUAACACCUCCGACCCCCUCAUCCGCUGGGAUUCCUAUGACAACUUCAAUGGGCAUCAAGAUGAUGGCAUGGAGGAGGUUGUGGGCCACACGCAGGGACCCCUGGACGGGAGCCUGUACGCCAAGGUGAAGAAGAAGGACUCCCUGCACGACAGCACCGGGGCCGUCAACGCCACGCGGCCCGCUCUGUCGGCUACCCCCAACCACGUGGAGCACACCCUCUCCGUGAGCAGCGACUCGGGCAACUCCACGGCCUCCACCAAGACAGACAAGACUGAUGAGCCUGCCCCCGGCCCCUCCAGUGCCCCUGCUGCCCUGAGUCCCCAGGAGAAGCGUGAGCUGGACCGCCUGCUCAGUGGCUUUGGCUUGGAGCGAGAGAAGCAAGGCACCAUGUACCACACCCAGCAUCUCCGGUCCCGCCUGGCGGGGGGCCCUGCUGCGCCCUCCUCCGGCCGCCAUGUCGUCCCGGCCCAGGUUCACGUCAAUGGCAGGGCCUUGGCAUCCGAGCGGGAGACAGACAUCCUGGAUGAUGAGCUGCCCAACCAGGAUGGGCACAGCGUGGGCAGCAUGGGCACACUGUCCUCCCUGGAUGGGGUCACUAACACCAGUGAGGGGGGCUACCCGGAGGCCCUGUCCCCACUGACCAAUGGUCUGGACAAGCCCUACCCCGUGGAACCUAUGGUCAAUGGCGGGGGCUACCCCUAUGAGUCUGCCAGCCGGGCAGUGCCUGCCCAAGCUGGCCACCCUGCCCCCAUGCGACCCUCCUACUCUGCACAGGAGAGUUUAGCUGGCUACCAGCGGGAGGGGCCCCACCCAGCCUGGCCACAGUCAAUGACCACCUCCCACUAUGGCCAUGACCCCAGCGGUAUGUUCCGCUCUCAGUCCUUUCCGGAAACCGAACCCCAGCUGCCCCCAGCUCCAGCCCGUGGGGGGAGCAGCCGGGAGGCUGUGCAGAGGGGCCUGAAUUCCUGGCAGCCUCACCCGCCUGCUCGCCAGCAGGAAAGAGCCCGCUUGGAGAGCCUCGGGCUCAGCAGGCCCAGCCCCCAGCCGUUGGCAGAGCCCCCCAUGCCUGGCCUCCCCGAGUUCCCGCGGGCGGCCUCCCAGCAGGAGAUCGAGCAGUCCAUCGAAGCCCUCAAUAUGCUGAUGCUGGAUCUGGAGCCAGCCACGGCGGCCGCCCCACUGCACAAGUCCCAGAGUGUCCCUGGGGCCUGGCCUGGCGCUUCCCCGCUCUCCUCCCAGCCCCUCUCCGGCUCCUCCUCCCAGUCCCAUCCACUGACCCAGUCCAGAUCUGGCUACAUCCCCAGUGGGCAUUCCUUGGGCACCCCUGAGCCUGCUCCCCGGGCCUCCCUAGAGUCUGUCCCUCCUGGCAGGCCUUACUCACCUUAUGAUUAUCAGCCGUGUCUAACGGGGCCCAACCAGAGUUACCGUCCAAAGAGCCCAGCUGCCUCCUCCUCGUCUGCCUUCCUUCCAAACACCCAGAGCUCUCCGGGGCCUCAGCUGCCCCCAGUCUCUCUCCCUGGCCUCACCACUCAGCCUCAGCUUCCACCGAAGGAGGUGACUUCAGACCCAUCCCGAACUCCAGAGGAGGAGCCAUUGAACCUGGAGGGGCUUGUGGCCCACCGGGUAGCAGCGUACAACGCCAGGCUGCAGGGCACUGGGCAGAGUGUCGGCUCCGGGCACCCUCCUCUCCACCGGCUCCGGUCUUCCUCUCUCUCUGGGGUGCAAGCUCGGGAGAAGCAGCCUGCAGAGCCCCCAGCACCUCUCCGGAGGCGGGCGGCCAGCGAUGGGCAGUACGAGAACCAGUCGCCAGAACCUGCAUCCCCCCGUAGUCCUGGGGUUCGCUCCCCUGUCCAGUGCGUCUCCCCAGAGCUGGCUCUCACCAUCGCUCUCAAUCCUGGAGGGCGGCCCAAAGAGCCCCAUCUGCACAGCUACAAGGAGGCCUUUGAGGAGAUGGAGAGAACCUCCCCGACCAGCCCACCGCCCAGUGGGGUGCGCUCCCCUCCAGGUCUGGCCAAGACACCUCUGUCUGCUCUGGGCCUGAAGCCCCAUAACCCAGCCAGCAUCCUGCUGCACCCCACCGGCGAGGAGGAUGAGGGGAAGGUGGUGACACAGCUUUCUGAAGAGCCCCGGAGCUAUGUGGAGUCGGUGGUGCGGACGGCAGUGGCUGGGCCCCGCACUCAGGAUCCUGAGCCCAAGAGCUUUAGCGCCCCGGUUGCCCAGGCCUAUGGCCGCGAGACACCCCUGAGGAACGGGACCCUGGGAGGCUCCUUUGUCUCCCCCAGCCCCCUUUCCACCAGCAGCCCCAUCCUCAGCGCUGACAGCACUUCAGUGGGGAGUUUCCCAUCAGGGGAGAGCAGCGACCAGGGCCCGCGGACACCCACCCAGCCUCUGCUGGAUUCUGGCUUCCGCUCCGGCAGCCUGGGCCAGCCCAGCCCUUCGGCUCAGAGAAGCUACCAGAGCUCUUCUCCUCUCCCGACUGCGGGCAACAUCUACAGCAGCCCCGACUACUCACUUCAGCAGUUCAGCUCCCCGGAAAGCCAGACCCGGUCUCAGUUCAGUGUGGCGGGCGUCCACACGGUGCCUGGGAGCCCUCAGGCACGGCACAGGACAGUGGGCACCAACACUCCCUCUAGUCCUGGCUUUGUCCGCCGGGCCGUGAAUCCCAGCAUGGCUGCCCCCAGCAGCCCCAGUUUGAGCCACCGCCAGGUGAUGGGUCCACCCGGAACUGGUUUCCAUGGUAACACUGUCUCCAGCCCCCAGAGCAGUGCAGCAACCACUCCGGGAAGCCCCAGCCUGGGUCGGCACCCUGGGGCCCACCAGGUUUCAAGCCUCCAUGGCAAUGUGGCCACCACUCCAGGGAGCCCCAGCCUGGGCCGGCACCCUGGGGCCCACCAAGGCAACCUGGCCUCCAGUCUCCAUGGCAACGCAGUAGCCAGCCCCGGAAGCCCCAGCCUGGGCCGUCACUUGGGAGGGUCUGGAUCUGUGGUUCCCGGCAGCCCCAGCUUGGACCGGCAGGUGGCCUAUGGUGGCUACUCCACCCCUGAGGACCGGAGACCCACGCUGUCCCGACAGAGCAGCGCCUCGGGCUACCAGGCCCCUUCCACGCCCUCCUUUCCUGUGUCCCCUGCCUACUACCCCGGCCUGAGCAACCCCGCCACCUCCCCCUCGCCAGAUUCAGCAGCCUUCCGACAAGGGAGCCCGACACCGGCCUUGCCAGAGAAGCGGAGGAUGUCCAUGGGAGACCGAGCGGGCAGCCUCCCCAACUACGCCACCGUCAACGGGAAGGUGUCCUCCUCGCCUGUCGCCAGCGGCAUGUCCAGUCCCAGCGGGGGCAGCGCCGUCUCCUUCUCCCACACUCUGCCCGACUUCUCCAAGUACUCCAUGCCAGACAACAGCCCUGAGACGCGGGCUAAAGUGAAGUUUGUCCAGGACACUUCCAAGUAUUGGUACAAGCCCGAGAUCUCCAGAGAGCAGGCCAUCGCCCUCCUUAAGGACCAGGAGCCAGGGGCUUUCAUCAUCCGAGACAGCCACUCCUUCCGAGGAGCCUAUGGGCUGGCCAUGAAGGUGUCUUCGCCCCCUCCGACCAUCAUGCAGCAGAAUAAAAAAGGGGACAUGACUCAUGAGCUCGUGAGGCAUUUCCUGAUAGAGACGAGCCCCAGAGGAGUCAAGCUCAAGGGCUGCCCCAACGAGCCAAACUUCGGAUCUCUGUCUGCCCUGGUCUACCAGCACUCCAUCAUCCCACUGGCUCUGCCCUGUAAGCUGGUCAUUCCAAACCGAGACCCCACAGAUGAAUCAAAAGACAGCUCGGGCCCUGCCAACUCAACCAGUGACCUGCUGAAGCAAGGGGCAGCCUGCAACGUGCUCUUCAUCAACUCUGUGGACAUGGAGUCACUCACUGGGCCACAGGCCAUCUCCAAAGCCACUUCUGAGACACUGGCUACUGACCCCACGCCGGCUGCCACCAUCGUCCACUUCAAAGUUUCUGCCCAGGGAAUUACACUGACUGACAACCAGAGAAAGCUCUUCUUCAGACGACACUACCCCCUCAACACCAUCACCUUCUGUGACCUGGAUCCACAGGAGAGGAAGUGGAUGAAGACGGAGGGAGGUUCCCCUGCUAAGCUCUUCGGCUUUGUGGCCCGGAAACAGGGCAGCACCACGGACAACGCCUGCCACCUCUUUGCUGAGCUUGACCCCAACCAGCCGGCCUCCGCCAUCGUCAACUUUGUCUCCAAGGUCAUGCUGAGUGCGGGCCAGAAGAGAUGAACUCCCCCCUCCCCUUGCCCGGGGCCAGGGCAGUGGGGAUGGGUAUGUGGGGAAGGGACCUGUGCAUCCUGACCAUCCUUGAAUCCAGAAGGAGGACUUUGGGCCAAUUUUGGAGAAGGAGAGAAGAAAGUGUAAUGUGGGGAGAGGGAAGUGAAUUGAGCGGGGAGGGGGAAGAGAGGGAGAAAGAAGGAAAAAGAUGGAGGAGAAUAACUCAGAUUCCCUCAGGGAGAUGGAUACUGCAAAACCCCCAGAGCCUCCAAAACUAACCAGGUCCACCUAACUCCCCCUCCACCCUCCGAGAGGAUGGAACUCCUCAAGAGAGGCAGAAUGAACCUCUCUGGAGAUCCACAUUUUGGGGGGAAAUGGAAAAGCUCUUUCUUCCUAACCCAACUGCUUUGCAAGGAGAAAUCCUGUCAAGAGAAUCUUUUUCUGUCCACCUCUAGGGUAGAUCACCAAACCAAAAAGAGCCACCAUGGGACAUCCAGUGGCGGAACUUUUGCUUUUGAAAGUAUCUCAGACCUGAGGCCCCUAGGUCUCUUUGCUCUGCCUCUGAUGUACAGUUUGUGGGUGUCUUUAGGGGGUGUAUAUAUGGCCACACCCACAUCCUCACACACUGAUUUCUGUUUGCCUCUCAGCUUGAACUAUAAACAGGUAUACUUGUCCGUGUCUCCUGUGUUUGCACACACAAGUGCAUACUGUCCAAAGAAAGUUAGAGUUGGGGGUGACAGGACAGCAGGGAGGGGGCAUAAGCCCUCUUCCCCAGGAACACCCAGGAUUGUGGGUAAUGGACGCUCUCUUGGUCCCUGCACCUGCUCUAACAGCCUUGGGUGCCGUCAACCCCUUUUCCUCAACAGAGACCCCCACGGAGUGGGUCUGGCCACGCUGCAACGUUACCCCUGAUCUGCCUCCACCAGGAAGCUGGAGCAUUGGUUUGAGGAGAUGGGGACUUGUGUGUCUGUAGCUCUGGGGAAGAGAUCCCUCAGGAAGGGAGGCUGUUGAGCUGUAGGCACCUUCCCCCGAGGCGUGUGGCCCAGCCUCGGGGUGGGCAGGUGGCUCCUGCCAGCUCCCAGCCCCCGGCCCCUUCUUGGGUUUCGUGCCCCAGACCAGCCUUUCUCAGACUUGCUUAUGUGCAUGUUGCCUUUUUGGGUGCUGGCGAUUGAGCCUUCCUGCUCUGCCCUGCCCUGUUCUGUCCUGCAGUGUCCCCAUGUUGGGGCUCAUCCUGGGAACCUGCUUCUACAGGCCCUGCUCGGUGAGGCCCAGGAGAGACCCCUGCAGUUCCUGUGCUCUCUCUGCAAGGGAUCGGGGGUCUGGCUUUUGCUGGACUGCCCAGGGGAGCUGGUCAGAGUUCUGGGGGAUGCUGCCUGCACACCACAUGGCCUGCCUACGAUACCAAAGCCUUGCUCUUCCCCCUUCUGCCUUGGUUUCUCCCCAGAGCUCAGCCCCCGUGGAGCAGAGGGCAGAAGGCAUACAUUUAGGCCAAAGGGCUGAGAGUCCAACUGGGCGAUUGGGCACUCCCUGACCGCCACCCAAGUGCUCUAAGCCAGAUGGAAAAUCCACCAGGACUCCAUCCUUGAGUAGCUUCUUAAGCCUCUGGGUUCCCUAGAGAGAGGCAUUGUACUGAUAUAUAAAUAUAUAUAAUAUAUAUGUGAGACAUACUGACAGAUUCUGUAAGCUAAUAAAAUAUAAGAAAAGGUUAAAAAAAAAAGAAUAGGUAAAUUGACAAGAAGUAUUUAUUAUUUCCCCAUAUAGCUUUAUUGCCUCCCUGGCAUAAUCCAGUCCCCACCCCUCUCUGUACCUAUAAGUGAAGCCUGAAAGGUAGGGGCCUUUAUCCUUGGAGCAGUCAGGGGUCUCCUUGCCCUGGCCUUGGCCUCCCCUAGACUCUGACUAGGGCUCAGCGGGGAGGGGGUACACGUGUUCCAUCCCCUUCACCCCCCCUUAUUUUUGGCAAGCUGGGCCCGGCUGUCAGCUCCCAGAGAUGAGGGCUUAGCAGCCUGCCUCCCUGCAGGCCCGAGCGGGUGUGUGAGCCUUCAGGGGACACGGGUGUGUGUGGUGGGCGUGGGUGAUGUGUGCGUCUUGUAUUUUUUUUCUCUUCCAAGAAGCUGUAUCUGUGUGGAUGUUCUGUUUCAGGGAGUUGGAAAGGAGAGCGUCUGAAGAUGGUGGGGAGUAGCCCCCUGCUUCCCAAAGAUUGAAACCUUGUUCUUGGUGACCAAGACUCCCCCAAAGGGCUCUUCCUUCUGAGGCUUUCAAGCCAGACACCGCGAUCUCCCCUCUUUCAUUCCCUACCUAACCCCAACUCCCUUCCCAGACAGAAGAGGAUAUUCCCACCCGCUUCCUUUGUAAAUAUCUUAAUCUCCCACUGGACAUCCCGGGAACUCUCUCCUCCUGGUCUGGAUGGCCGGGCAGAGCCUCAGACCCUUCAUGUGAGUCUGGGGUCAGCCUUCACACGUGCUUUCCCACCGCCCACCAGCAGCCCACCUCCCAGGCAUGGCCAGCCCACCCCACUCAGGCCUGAGCCAUGUGUGACUCUGGGAAGGACUCAGGAGAUGCUGGGGAGCUGAUCAGCUCCCCCGACCCAACAUCCUUCUGGAAAGAGUCCGUUUCCGAGAGUGGGGCCUGUCCAGAAGAACGAUGGGGAAGGGUACCCUGGUCUCCACCGUGGUCUCACCUUUGGGUCAGACACUGCUUGGGAUAACCCUCCCGUGUCUCACAGGUUAGGCCCGUGCACCUUGCACACGUGCGCACAUACACACACACAACCACAGCACUGCAGUAUGUUCUUGCCAAAGAUUUCCUUUAAAAGAAAGCACUUUUAAUAAUUAUUGUUAUUAUUGUGUAAAUGUUUAUCCUUUUUUCUCCCCAUCCCUCUCCCCAACCUUUUUUGCUGUUGUUUAUUGUUGAAUCUGUUUGUCAGCCAGGAGAGUGCCGUCUGGUCUUGAAAGUGGGCUGGGGAGUUGGGGAUGGGAAAGGGUCUGGGAGGAGUUGGCAAGAAAGAGCCGGAGGCCGGUGAGGCCUGGUCAGCUUGUGAUGCAGGGAUGCAGACCCCAGGCAAGCUCAGGCCCCAGCCCCAGGCCCAGGCUGUGUCUUGCUGUGCAUCUAGGCCUCUGAGGCAGCUGAGGCCUCGCCGUAGCUGCCCCGUACGGUGUCUGGAGGGAACAGGGGGCAGGGAAGUGACAGCCCUCCAAUUCAGCAGGGAGAGAGGCCCAGCAAGGUCCCCGUGGCCCUUCCCAGAUGGAGCGAGAGGGGAGGACUGGGCCUGGGAAUAGUGGAGAGGUGACCCCAGAGGGGAAAUGGGGAGGAAGGGAACAGUUUGAUGGAGCUCCAGGGCUGAGCAGAUGCCCCUGCCCUGCGAUCGUGGUGUUCUGGCUCCCUCCUCCAGCCAGGUGUUCCAGGGACAGAGACAUUGUGUCCUAGGUUUGGGAAAGGCCCUUUGACCCAGGUCCUCAUUGGAGCCUCUCCCGCAGCAGCUGCAAAUGCUUGCGGACUGCCAGGAUUCCUUCUUCCCUGGCAGGGUUUUGAGGGAUCCCUGGGUGCGUCAGAGACAGGUAGGAUAGGGGUGGGGGGACCUGGUGGCUGUGUGACCAUAAGAGGGAGCCCGAGGGACACGUGUGAUUCUCUGUAAAGGGGCUCCCGGAGGGAGAUGA